AUGAGGAGGCUGCAUUGGCGAACGUUCGAGAUUCGACAACCCCGAGAAGGGAGAACCUUGAACAUUCACAACAAAGGAGUGGACUUUGCCACUUUUGAACUUCCCGAGGCCCUAGAUACGGCUCGAGAUCUAGUCUUUAGUGACCCCAGGGACCUAGAGUACAUCGACUCGACUUCUGACCUGAGCCUGCUGCGCUUUGUCUGUCAUGACGAGGCGAGCCUCUACGACGACGAUGUUAGCACCUGGGUUCCCCGUUGGGACCAACGAACCUUUAUUAGCGGCUCGUUUGCGGUAUCCUCCAAGAUCGAUCACGAAUAUGAAUGUCAUGGCCCUUGCCAAACAGGAGUCGUAUUCCAGGAUCACGACAGGGUUCUCUGCUGUCGUGCACUCGUAUGCGGACGGGUCAGCUUCGCUUCUGAGAAUUGCGAUGUGAGAUCGACCAAGAUCAGCGAUAUAGGCCGGCUGUACGACCGUGUACUAAAAUACUACGAAGACUCGUCAAGAGGGUGUCCUUCAGACCUUGGGGAGGGCGACACCUACUUUGGGAAGGUUGUGGUCUUCGCCUUGAUCUUUAUCUAUGUACUCAGUGGCGGCGCCACACUGGCAGACGAGGAACAACAACGGGCCUUUUUGUUGAAUUUUACGAAUUACCUCUCGAAGGAUCCCCACGAGGAGAGCGACGUCUCAGCAUGGAAUGAACACUUCCACAGGAUCUUCGAAACCAUCCUCAGACAUUCUCACGGCCGCCGCUUUGUCAUAUAUGGGGCACAAGGCACGUGUGGGCUAGCACCGGCCAUCACAGUCCCUGGAGAUGAGGUGGCUUUGCUCCCUGGGUAUAUGGAACCAAUCAUCCUGCGCAACGUCCCCCAGGAGCAACUUCGGACGUCAGAUCAAUGGGGAACCUGCGACACAUGA